AUGGUUCAGGUCAUCCUACCCGCGCUGAUUCCCGACAUUCGUCGUGUCUAUGACAUCUACUUCGCCGCAUUUGAGCACGACCUGAUGGGUCGCUUGAUGCUCAAGAUCCUCUUCCCAGGUAUCCUCGACGAUGGGUUCCGGGACGCUCACGCAGCGGGCACCUUGCAGUACUGGCACAGCAGCGAGAGUCAGUACACCCUCAAGUGUGUCGAUACGGAGACCGGCGAUAUCAUCGGUAUGGGGCUGGGCGAUCUCUACCUGAAAGAGCGAACCCCGGAGGAGCGACAGAACCAUGGCGUGCCCUGGCUCCAAGGCGAGCAGCGCGAGCGAGCCGAGAAAAUCCUCAACCCCCUGUGGGAGGUGAGGGAGAGACUCUUCGGCGGCCGACCCUACAUCUACGUUCACGUUAUCGCGGUUGACCCCAAGCACCAAGGGCGCAAAGCCGGGGCUCUGUUGGUGCAGUGGGGCAUUCAGAUGGGCGAGCUGGCGGGUCUGCCCGUUUACUUCGAGUCUUCGCCGUCAACGGUGAACCUAUACAAGAAGAUGGGGUUCGAGGUGCUGCCCGAGAAGAUUGUCCACAAAGCCGAGGUUCUGGGAACCGAGUCGGACAUCGAGGUGCCCUUGAUGGUGAAACUGCCCUCGUCCGCAAAGGGUAUGACCUUUGACGAGUGGCGUCGCCAAGGGGCCAGUGAUGUGGCGGCUCCGAGCAACGCGACGGAUGGAGUUGUGCAUGCACCGCAAAUUGUGGCUUGA